AUUGCAAAUGAGUCUUGAUCAUCUCGUGCGGCUACUUCAUGGUGUUUGGACAAAACACACAGACGGGUGAAUGGAUCUUUGGGGUGGAUCUGGGUAUUGGAAUAUUGGUGCGCAGUGAUGAUACUAUGAAAUCUUUAAUAAGCCUCGUGAGAUGUCGGUACGAGCUCGCUGGAAUAACCCCACUUGCCCGGACACAUCAGUUGCCAGAAUGGAUGCUCGUUCCCUAUGGGAAUCAAACACCGGCAAUAAGUGUGGUAGCGACUAGGAUAUUGAGCUGAUGAUGAGUUUGCAAAUAUUUUACACCUUUUGGUGUAUGGACUAUUGGUCCAAAUAUUUAUCUCUUUCAUGAGAGUCUAUAUCUUUGUAUAUUGCUUCUUUCUGAUUUGGCCAAUCAUUUUUUUGUGUACACUUUUCAAUAGACUUUCUUUUAUGAUCAUCUUUCUCAUUCAUCAUAUCAACUGUUAUUUUGCACGCAUAAAUAUCUUCGACGUCGAUUUUCUUAUCGGUUCCAUUUUAUUCUAUAAAUGACAUAACUUAUUGAGAUCUCUUCAUUCCUCUGGUACUUGAAUUAUUUCAGUCAUGUUUUAACAUCUCUUCUGGAUAUGAUUCAAAAACUUUAUUUCCUCUUGACCAUUAAUAAUUGGGAAAAUCGCAUUUUAAACCAUGAAGGUGUAAAAAGGUAACAUUUUAAACCUUCGUGUUCAAAAACUUACACUUCAAACCCUCAAAACAAUUAUAUUAACACAUUAAACCUUAAAACUAACUUACUUCUUUACCAAGCAAAAAUGUGACCGGCACUAUUCAUCCAUGUGUGAAAAAGUACGAGGUGUUAGUUGUUUUUUUUAAUUAAUAAAUAAUUAAAAAUUAAAAUUAAUUUAGAAAAUCAGAAAUAAUUGCAGAAAACUAAAGAAACAAAACUCAAAAAAUCAAACUUCAAAAAUAAAUGAUUAAAAUUUUAAAUUUAUUAAUAAUUUUAAAUAAAAAUAAAAAAUAAAUUAAUAAAAUUUUAAAUUAAAUAGUAAAUUUAUAAAAAGUAAAAAAUAAAUAAAAAAUUCUUAAAAAAAUUCAAAAAAUAAAGAUAUAAAGAAAUAAAUUAAUUAAUAAAAAUUCAAUAAAAAAUUCAAAAUAAUUAAAAAUAAAAAAAAGUAAAUAAAUUCAACAAAUGUUAAUGGAAACCAUGAAAAUGUAAAAAGGUAGCACUUUGGUGGUGAUUUCAUAUGUGACAGUUUUUCGAUAUAUUUAUAAGUUCUCAAGAUAUUGUUGGUUAGUUGGUGGUGAUUUCCGAUAUAACAUCUUUGAUGGUGAUAAGUUUGAAGGAUGAUAUGUCAAAAUCCAUUAACAUCAAGGGUUAUAUUUUGAAAAUAGUUACUAUAAAUAUAUUGGAAAUCGCUGCAUAUAAAAAACAUUUUGAAAAUUUUCAGUUGUGUAUGUUAACUUUAGGGCUUUAUUUACUUAUUUUGAUUUUCUAAUUUUUAAUUUUUUAAUUUUUUGAAUUUAUAAUUAAAUUUUUGUUUAUUAAUUUUUGAGUUUUUAAAAUUUAUUUUAAUUUUUAAAAUAUCAUAUUUAUUAAUUUUUAUUAAUAAAUUUAGAUUUUUAAUCAUUUAGUUUUUUAAAAAAUAUUUAAAAUUAGAUAUAAAUUAAAAAAUUUAUUCAUUUUUUUCAUUUUUUUUAAUUUUAUCUGUUUUUCAUUUAUUUCUGAUUUUUUAAAUUAAUUUUGUUUUUCAUUAUAUUAAAUAUUUUUAUUUUUUAUUAAUUAAAAAACUGACACAUCAUACUUUUUUAUCCACGGAUGAACAGUACGAGUCACAUUUUUGUUUGGCAAAGAAGUAAGUUAGUUUCAAGGUUUAAUGUGCUAAUAUAAUUGGUUUGAGGGUUUGAAGUGUGAGUUUUUGAGCACCAAAGUUUAAAGUGCUACCUUUUCAUACCUUUAUGGUUUAAAAUGCGAUUUUCCCAUUAUUAAUUUAUGCUCCUUUUCAUUUACGAGGAUUCUUCUCUUUGGAACCAACAUGUCUACCACGCUGUAGGUGUGACUAGCAGUUUGAUAUUGUUCUUAUAAAAUAUCAAUUCUUUUUGGAGCAUUUACAGCUGGUAUGUGACUUGAUCACUAUUUAUCUAGGUCAGUAAAUGUGUCUGGCAACUGCUUCACUAAGCUAUAUCUUUGAAUUAUCUUUUGGACUUGUACUUCAUAUUCUAUUUAGUUUGAGGAUCAAUGAUAAUUGAUUUCAACUUAUUUUCAUUUCCAUCUGUGUAUUUUCUCCCCUUUAUGUUGGAAAUACUCGUUUUAAUUUGAGCAUUCAUAUCGAGCCUUACUUAUCCUUCGGAGAUGACUCUAGAUACUUAAUUAUCAGUGGAGAUUCAUAUCCAACAGAUAUUCCCAACCUCAUUUGAAACACAUCUUAAUAAGCUUGUGGAGUAACUGGAAUGUAUAUUUCACAUGCAAAACUCUUAGAUGAAAAAUUGUUGGUUUCUAACCCAAUACCAAUGAUGGAGAGAACUAGUGAUUACUUGUUGGCUUGAUACAAACUAUGUUGCUCAAAAUUGUCAAUACUUAUUCCACUGAACAUGAAAUAAUUAUCAAAUACUUAAGACAUGAAUUCACCAAGAUUAUAAAGAUGCAUGGUGGGUGAUCAGUCCACCAACAUCUCAUUUAUUCAUGCCAAUAACUUCAUUUGGCUGGUGAAAACCGUAUUACCAUUUUAUCUAAUGAGCAAGUAACGUAUGUGAAAUCAUUCGCAAGAAUCUUAUGGCUCUUCAAUGAAUAUUCACAUAAAUAUUUAUGUACCUUUUCGAAUCAUUAUUAAACCAAAAUGGUCUAGCUGGUUCGUGCCAAAUAUUUUUGUAAAUUUCUGGUUUACUAUAUAUUUAUCUCCAUUACACUAAUAUUUAUGUAGUAAAAUCUAUAAGAUAAUGUAGGUACUUCUCUAAAAUACUUUUAGAGCCUUAAGAAAUACUUUUGAUUUGCAAUGAAUUAAACAUUUAUUUCGCUUAGUAUCUCAACAUAACUUGUUUCAAAAUGCCAUAAAUUUACUUUAAGAAGGAUUUGUCAACAAAUUUGAGUGUAAACAUAAUCUUUUGGAUGUUUCACUUAUUAUAAAAUGUGAGAUUCUUUAAUUCUUCCACCUCGAGAUGAUAAUACUACAAAAUUAUAAGUUUCUAAUUGAAUAUCAUUUUAGAAUCAACAACAUACCAUAUUCGGCUUAUGUAUUCUUUCUCGUAUCCUUCAAACUUUUGAGGCUUAUAAGAAUAUAAUGCAAUAAGAAUUUUAAAUUGCAUUCUUAUGUACAAUAAUAUUUUUUACUCUUCUGGAGCAUCAUAUAUAUCCUCUUCUUGAACAUUCAAUAAACUUUAUACUAACAUUCAAUAAAUUGUAUUCUUUCAUCUUUCUCUUCUUUAUUACCAUUUUUAUUUUUUCAGCUUCAAGUGAAUUAUGAAUUCUAAAAAAAAAACUCUUUGGUCUUGACCUUAAUCAUAACCAUAUAUAUAUAUAUAUAUAUAUAUAUAUCCACAUUCACGUCUACAACUACUUUUUGGACUUACCAAUAUUAUUUGUGUGGAUUUUUUUUCUCAAAAUGUCAAAUUCUCUUCAAGAGAAUGAAUCAUAACCAAGUAGACGUGAUUUUUGAUCUUACAUCAAUAGCUCAUUGUUUUUUUGAGUUUUAAAGAGACAAGAUACAACUAUAAAUUUCUUUAAUCUUUAUUUUCAACCAUGUGUCUUUUGGACAACAUUACGUGUGAAAACUGUAUUUUUCACUAUAUUUGCAUCAUUAAAAUUUUCUUUGAGAAAUUUUACUUUAUCCAACAUAGUUAAGAUUUAUCUACAGACUCCAUGUCUUGUAAUAUUUAGAUUCAAAAUACAUAAUGAACUUUAGGUAAUCACAUUGUGGUGAUUAUACCUUUCUUUGGAUUGUUUUUCAAAACUUGUGGAUUUUUUAAGAUCAAGCUUAAAACUGUCAUAUAUGUAAUGGUAAUGAAAUAGAAAAAUACUUAUUUUAUAUAAUCAAGUUUUAAUUAAAGUUGUAUAUAACUAUCAAACUUGUGGAUUUUUUAUGCAAAUUAUUUUAUAUAAUCAAGUUUUAAUUAAACUUGUAUAUAAAACAUAGAAAUAUACUUAUCUUAUAAAGAGAAAAGCAUCAGCGAUGAGUGUUCCAAUUCUUCAUGUUUCUCGACAUCUUACAUGGUUUCUUUCUCUUUUACAAAGAAUAAAUAUUCCUGAAAUACUUAAAAUUUGCUCAUAUAAAAUGACUAUUGAUAUGUUAGUAAACAUAAGUAUUUAGAUAUAACAAUAUAUGAGAACCAAGAACCACUCACGUAUAAAACAGUAUCAUUGAUUGGUGGAAUAUAAAUUAAUGAGAACCAAGAACCACUCACGUAUAAAACAAUAUCAUUUAUUGUAUUGACAGCAAUUAGGUCAAACUCAGACUCAUAUCUUAUUGCUACAAAGUAUAUAUAUGUGAAUAAACCUAAACAAUAAGUGUAAACGAUCAUUACUAAUGAAUUAAGUAAUGAAACAAUAACCAUAUGGCUAAUGAAGUAGCUAUAGGUUCAACAAGAAUGAUUCGUAGGUUUUGAUUGUAGCUAUAGGUUCUAACUUUUAGUUCACAGUUUCAACAAUAAAAUAGUCAAGAUAGCUAUUAGUUAUAUAAUUACAUGUUGUAUGAAAUAACAGUGGCAAUAUGCAACCGUAUGAAAGUAUAGGUUAAUAACAAUACAACAUGUUAAGUGUAGGUUUAUAGCAAUACUACGAAUGAACACUAACACGUUUAAGAAUUACGUGAUGACAUGUGAAACAUAUAAUAAAAUCUAAAGCAAACACAAGCUACUAUGCAUUCAAACACAUACGAAUAUAAAAUAUAACAAAUUAUUAUGAAAUCAAACACAUACGAAUAUAAAAUAUAACAAAUUGCGCGUUAGCUUGUCGACAAGGUCUCACUUUAAUCGAAUGAUUUUUUCUUUCCUUGAAACAAGGGCAAAUCAAUAUUGUCGACUGAAACUUUUAAACUCAAUCAAAAUCAACAUGUUGAUAACUAUAAAUCCCACUCUCACAAACCAUGAAUUGAUAAUAAGCAUGAUUAAGAGAAGGAUUGAACAUAGAUUAUAGCUAUUAACAUAAAAUAAAAAUAUGUACCUAUUAGCCCAAAAUCGCUUGAGUUUCAUGCUGAUAAAAUGUUAUAAACUUAUAAGUAAAAAGAGAAAAAUUGGUGUAUCUUGUUCCAUGAAUAAUGAAUCUUUUAUAUAAGAUUACAAUAGCUUGGGAAUAAAGUCACUUAGAGAACACAUAAAUCUUGAAGAACAAGCAUAUCUAAGACUAGCCAUAAUGUCAUCACCACAAUAUUCAUAACAAUAUUUACCAAAAAAAUUAAAAGCCGGGUGAUCACCAAAUUUAUGUUAAUUUUCUUUUAAUUUUUAGAUCAUAUAUGCUAAGACAAAGGAAAUUGACAACAAAGAAUGGUAAGAAAAAAAAAAGAAAAGAAACUUUUAAUUAAAAUUAAGGAAUAAAAAUAUUCUCAUAGUUAGUGUUAAAUUAAAUGUUAAUUCGAAUUAGUGAUUCAAGAGCAUAUAUUGUUUCACAUAUAUUGUUUCACUAUAUAUAAAGAACCAAUAUUCUAAGAAUAAUACGUACCAGAAAGAUAAAUGGAUUCUCUAAAUUAUAUAGUUUUCUUCAUCACGAUGAUUAUGUUCAUGAAUGCAACCAUGUCCUGUGCCCAAAAGACAACAGUGGUGAUUCAUAAUGAUCUUGGAAGUGGAUUAUCGUUAGGCUACCACUGUCAGUCGGGGGACAAUGAUCUUGGAUACGGGGGUCUGGGAGUAGGUGGAUCAUGGUUCUUUCGCUUUAAACCUGAUAUUUUUGGUCGUACUUUAUUCUUUUGCAGAUUUAGUUGGGGAAACGAAUCACAUUAUUUCGAUAUAUAUAAGCAAAAAAGAGAUAAAGAGUUUGAGAAGUUUGGAUGCACACACUGUGAGUGGAAGAUACGUAAGAAUGGUCCUUGCAAGCUUAACAAAAUCAAUAACAUGUUUGAUGUCUGUCUUCCUUGGAAUUCUUGACUUUUUCAACAGUUUUAAUAUCUAUACGUAUUAUCUAAUAGCGUAUUAUACUCUUAUUAAAGUUGUGUUACGAAUAAUAAUAUGGAAGAGGAUUUUUUUUGUAAAGUAAUGAAAUAAGUAUUGUUUAAGAGUUUGUGUAACUCAGCUACAAUGAGCUCUUGUUAAAAUUACGUUUAUUAACCACCAUAUUGUGUAUUUUAUUUACAAAAAAUAAAUAAAAAUAUUUGUGUAAGUUACCAAUCCUCGACCAAAAAUGUGCUGUAAAAUCAUAUUUCCAUGUUCUAUAAUCGGAAAUUUAGAAUAUAAUGUAAUUUAGAACAUAAUGUAGUUUUUUUUUAACUAGGGGUGGGUAUAUUAACAAGAACCAAAUAAUUGAACCGAAACUGAACCAGACUUAAAAAAUAUCAGAAUGGUUCCAAGUUUUGAGAACUAGAAAAAUCAGAACCGAACAGAAUUGGGAUAUUUCGGAUAACUGAAUGGAGCUAAAAAUAUACAAAAAAAAAAACUAAAAAUAACUUAAACUAUCAAAAAUAUAGCAAAAAGAACAAAUAUGUCCUAAAAUAA